UGCAGUUACUCGACAUUUAAACAAACGUAGAAGAAGAAAAAGGACCACUAUAAUAAUAGUACGAUUGGCUCGCAGCUCUCCUCACGAACUAAGCCGGUUACAUCACUGAAUCCAGCGACUAAAUGACUCUAUGAUGAUUACACCGUCAUUUUUCUCUUUCUCAGUCGCUACACUGGAGCUGCAAUGAAGGCAGGGGCCUCGUCCGUGUGGGCUUCAUGCUGUGGUAUUUUGAAUGAAGUCAUGGGAACCGGGGCCGUCAGAGGUCAGCAGCCGGGGUUUGGCGCUGGUGCGGGGCCAUUCAGGUUUGCCCCCAGUGCGGGAUACUCAACGUACCCUCCUACGAGCUCAGGAAGCCCCACGCUGGUGUGCAAGGCCUGUGGUCAGGCCUUCACAGUCUUCAGGAGGAAGCAUGUUUGUUGUGACUGCAGGAAGAGCUUCUGCUUUCUGUGCUGCGUGCUGCAGGAAAACCUGCGCAUCUGUGCCACUUGCCAUUUACUGAAGGCCACCGCCUUUCAACGUCCACGCCUCAUGCGACUGCGUGUGAAGGACCUGCGUCAGUACUUGCAGCUGCGAAACAUUCCCACCGAUACCUGCAGGGAGAAGGAAGACCUGGUGGAUUUGGUGCUUCGUCACCAAGGCAUCGAGGAAGAGGAGGAGGACGACCCUGACACAGCCAGCCUUCGCUCGCGUAGCCUGUACACAACAGCCCCCUCCACCACACAGUCGGCCUCCGAACUGUCUGCCUUUGCUGCCUCUCAGGAGGAACCUCUUAGCAGAAGUGACAGCUCUGACACCAACCAGGAUAUAGGGGAUGCCACAUCAGUCUCCCUCCUUAACUUGGAUCCCAAUGAACACACUCCUGAGGGGAGUCCUCAGAUGCGGCGUCGAGCCAGAGCGUCUCUAUCAGACAUCUCCAGCCUGAGAGACAUCGACGGUCUGUCUGUGAGGCAGCUCAAAGAGAUCCUGGCCAGAAACUUCGUCAACUAUUCAGGGUGCUGUGAGAAGUGGGAGCUGGUGGAACGCGUCAGCAGACUGUACAGAGAGACGGAGGAAAACAGGAAGUCCUUGGAAAAUGUGAGCAGUACUGUAACCACAGUGAUGGCCUUUCCCCCUCCUAUCUGCAAUGGUGCCAUCGGAGACGGGGAGAACUGCCCGCUGACGAUUCACGACGACAAUCUCUGCAGGAUCUGCAUGGACGCCACAAUCGACUGCGUUCUCCUGGAGUGCGGUCACAUGGUCACCUGUACAAAGUGUGGCAAAAGGAUGAACGAGUGUCCCAUCUGCAGGCAGUACGUUGUAAGGGCCGUGCAUGUCUUUAAGUCCUAACGCACAGCUGCAGCCUCCGUUUCCAUGGAGACGGUACCGUAACCCAACGAUAUAGCUCAUGAACUCCUAAAUCACAAGAAAAAAACAAUUUCCUGGAUGUUUGUACUUCUUAAAGUCUUAUAGUUUGCACACUAAAGGUAAAUAUAUUAUUUUUUUUUACAAGAACAGGACUGUACCUUCAGAUCGACUCAUCGUCUCACCUGACAUCGACAGUUUUCACAAAGCAAAGAAUGAGUGACACGUAGCUUUUUUCACAAAACAAAUUGAUUAGUUGUUGACAUUGUUUGCUUAGAAUCACUAUGAGAAUCUUACUGCAAGUGAGUACUUAUCAUUCUAGCCUGGGGGGGGGGAGUUGCAGACUCGUACUGAAUCUCAAAACAGGAGAGCAAACAAGGUGCCAAACCAAAAAGGGCAUGCUCUUUUUUUCUUUUCAGCUAUGCAGGGGAGGGAGGGGGGUAGUGCAAGUCUUUAGCAUGUUGGAUCACAGAAACACAGCUUUGUGUCAAUGCGGGAACACUUCCAACCCAUUAGAGCAAAAAAAAAAUGAAAUUAGAAAUAACAAUUUCUGUUUCACGUUUGCUCUGCAUGAACCUGCAUUUGACGCUGUUGGCCACGCCCUCCUCCUGACACCGCUGCUUUAUUAGGAAUGCAGUGGUUUAAAGAUUAAUUGUAAGAUAUGAUUGGUAAUGCUUCCUCCUCUUUAGCCCCCCUGACGUUUGGUGUCCCACCAGGAUCCAUCUUGGGCACUUUUCUAAUUGGAUUUCAAAGCAUAGUUUCUCCUUUUAUGUGCAUGCAGAUGAUUUAUAAAUCCAUCUGCCAGAUUCUAUACACUUUCAGAUGUUGGGAUGAGAUUAAACUGGCUGCCUCCAUGAAAACCAAACUGAAUGUAUUGAUUGGCCCUCUCCAGCCUGCCUUAUAGUGUUGGCUCUCAUCCUGACCCACAGGUCGCUCACUCCAGCCAGUCUGUGAAACUUUCAGUGUGGCUUUCAAUAGGAGUUUAACCACUCUGUUAAUAAUUAAUGCAAGUUUUUUUUUUUACCUAGCUUUUAAAAGGGAAGCCCCUUUUGAAUCACAGUGACCUCCAGAAGCCAUUCAUACUUUUUUGUUCCUGGCUAGAUUUUCGUAACCAUCUUUAUGUUGGGAAUCAUCACCGUCAUCACUCCAAACUUUAUAAGCUGACUGACACAAAUGCAAACGCUGUCGUCUUGUUGAGUACUCACAACACUGACCCCCAGUGUGUUUUCAGACUUACUUUUUAAAUUAAUGGCCUUAACUUUUUAGUUGUAAACAUUGUGGUUGCCGUUCCUGUCAUUUUCACUGUCACUGAUCUGCCUCUUUUUGUAGAACAGCAUCACUUUUUAAACCAUUUCCAAUCAAAAUCCAUCAUUUAUUCAUCCAUUAUUAUUAUUUAGAUUUGUCAUUCCAAUAUAUUCUUAUAUUUAAUGCAUAAAACAUUGAAAUUAUUCUCUGUCAUUGUAGCAAUAUUUACCCUCUGCUGCCAUCUCUGGUCCAUAUGAGCACUUACGAAGAGACGAAGGACGCAAAUAGGUGCUAACUCAUUCAACCAUCUUCCAUGUCUUCUAGCUGAACUGUGAAUGUGGAACUGAAUGUUUAGUUUGUUUUCUAUCGGGAAUGAAAUGAAGUGUCUUAAAGGUUUUGAGUUUCCCAUGUAGGAGCCAUGUAUUGAACUAUUUAAAGAUGUAACUACAAGUUUACCCGAUACCUGUGGUAGAGUGAGUAUAUAGAGAGAAAUCGGUAAUGUAUAUUUGCUGAUCAAUAUCAGAUGUGUGUAAUUAUAUAUAAAUAUAUGUCCCUGA